GACGAUACGCGUUGCGGGUAGAUAAGAUUCUGAAGGACUAUUUAUUCGACAAAGGAUCGAAUAAAUUCUCCUCCCUUUCAUAUUCGUGUACAAAAAAACCGAAACCGAGGAGAGCAAAAACGCGUCCGAUCCUCCGACCGAUCGGAUCGCGGACACCGUUCUCUUCGAAUCGCGCGAUCUCGAUUCUCGUCCGGUCUGAAACCUGUCGCGAAGUUGUCGCGAUAACCUCCUCGGCCUGCCGCCGUUUCUCGAGGCCGUGAGUGAAAUUUCUGCCAUCUGCUGAAACAGCUGCCAAUUUCGCGAGCAACCGUUAUCUAUUUUCGGCAGAUAUAUAGCGCGUCCGGUAGUCGACGGAAUCUACGAAAAAGUCUUUACGACCAGAUACUUCGGAGUCAGUGUGCUGUUGGAGGAUCUGUUAUUAAAAAAAAUACCCAGUGUAUUGAUCAAAGCGUUUCUUGAUUGUGUUGGAGCUUGUUGUCUCAGCAAUAAUGUCCGGAAGCAGUGAUAGUUUCAACAACAAUACCUGUGUGGUGUGUUACAAGAAUGUUGACAUCUACAGCAUCGGCAUGUGUGAGCAUCCUGUGUGUUACGAAUGUAGCACCAGAAUGAGAGUGCUCUGUCGGCAGAACGAGUGUCCAAUCUGUCGUCAGGAUAUGCCAAAGGUUGUGUUCACGCGAGAGAUUAAGCCGUUUCAUAGUUUGACUAAUAUAAAUCUGGUGGACACGCGAUACGACAUCUAUUUCUGUAGUCCUGACAUUCAGGAAAAGUUUACCGAAUUGUUAGCUAACACUUGUUCGAUAUGUAAGGAGAAACAGGUGUUUAGCAGUUUUAGUAGUUUAAAGGAUCAUAUGCGACAACGACACGAGCUGCAUUACUGCGAACUGUGUGUAGAAAAUUUAAAGAUAUUUUCACAUGAAAGGCGUUGCUACACAAGAGCAAAUCUGGCCACGCAUAGAAGAAAAGGUGAUAUUGAUGAUAAAAGUCAUAAGGGUCACCCGCUCUGUGAAUUCUGUGAUCAACGUUAUAUGGACAACGAUGAGCUUUAUCGACAUUUGAGGAGAGAUCAUUUGUAUUGUCACUUCUGCGACGCCGACGGUUUGCAUCAGUACUACAGCUCGUAUGAUUAUCUCAGAGAUCACUUUCGACAGGAACAUUAUUUGUGCGAAGAAGGAUUGUGCGCAGAGGAAAAGUUUACGGGUGUUUUCCGAACUGACAUAGAUCUAAAAGCGCACAAGGCUACGGUACACGGCAAGCAGUUAAGUAAAGCUGCCGCGAAACAGGCGAGAACUUUAGAACUGGAGUUCACAUUGGCGCCACGCGGCGAAAAUCGGAUGAACAGAAGAGGCAUGCCAGGCCCCGCUACAUCGAGAAGCUCGAGAGAUUACAACGGCAGAGACUAUAAUGUUAGAGAUUAUCAAUCGGGACCGACGCCAAGCGGAUCUACUUCGUUCGCGUCCAACAACGAGCCUAUUUUCACGAGACAACCGGAUGUACAAAGUACCGACGAGUUCCCUACGUUAGGUGGCGGCGCCGUUCCCCCCGUCGUUCCCACGUUAACGCAGCCUAAGAGCAGAGGAAACGUGACUAUUCGCAGUACCGUGAGAAAUCAGCCGCUCGCGGUUACGGACGAAAACUUUCCUGCGCUUGGUCCGGAUUCGGCAGGACCGAGUAUCUCGAAGACGGUGAACUUUAGCGUCUCCAGCAGUAGUAACGCUUCGGGUUCCGGUGGUAUGUCGCAGUGUCAAAAAGCUUCCACAUCUUCAAACGUUUCCAUUCAGGUGAAUCACGAGCCCAACGGUACCGUCACCACUCGAGUGUCCGGACCCAACAUCAGGAUACGUCCCGCGCAAUUGUCCAUAGAUUCCGAUUUCCCCGCCUUAGGCAGUUCCGAACCGUCCACCAGUACUGCCAAUUCGACACAGUGGAAAGAAGUUCUGCAGUGGACUUGCUCGAAGUCGGCAUCAACGAAUGUGCCGAAGUCAAAGAAAAUCGCGCCAGCGCCCGUGAUACCUUCGCCGCCGACCAUUCAAUCAGGAGAAGAUUUUCCUAGUUUAUCCAAAUCGUCGAAAUCAAAGAAACAAUCUGUGAUUACGAUGGUGCCAUCGGUACCUUCGUGGAGACAGAGCUCACAGAAUAACGGCAAUUCGCAGAGCAAUUCCAGCAAUAACGCGCAAAAAUCAACAACUGACCAAACCAAGAGCAAGACAAAGAAGAAAAAAGCGAAACAGACUUCUAGCAGCAACAGUUCGAGCGGAAACGAAUCUAAUAACUCGAAAUCGAAUGCGAAUAUCGCGGUAACAAAGAAGAACGUCGAAUUGGCGCACAGCGUUGACGUGAACAGCGCGUCUAACGAGAGCUCGCAGAGCACGCAGGAUACCAAUAACAGUAUGAGCAAUAUCGACAACGCGUCCAAACAUUCGAACGUUCGUAAUUCGAAGGAAACAGAAUACACGAGUAAGAAAGAUAAGAAGAAGAACAAAAACAACGUGGACGCAAGUUCGGACGUUGCGACAGUUAUAAACAUGGAAUCUGUUGGCGGAGGCAGCAGCAGUUUUUCAAACGGAGAAAAACAGAGGAAACGCAGCGAGCUCAAAAUAGACAGCUUGAACACGACUAACAACAAUAUACAUAGAGCGGAGGAUUUCCCCGUUCUGGGUAGCGUCAGCGGCAACAGACUGCCUGACUUUACGAAUCCGCCGCCUGGUUUCGCCUCACCGACUCCGCCACCACCACCUGGAUUUUCGAUCAAAUACAACAGUAUCGACCGAUUGCAAGGCAGUAACGGCUUGACGUUCACGAACAGUUCCGGCGAGAGCUACUCCAUUCUACCGGACAACAGCAGCAAACAUUCUUACGUGACGCCGCCCGACUUUCAGAAACGAAACAGUUGUCUCGUGACAAAGCUCAAUGACGUUCUGGUGGAACAAGAUAAAAUCGAAGAGUUUCGCUACGUUAGCGGUCUAUUUCGCGGGGGCACUUGCGACGCGCAGGAGUAUUACACACAUUGUCGCGAAGUGAUGGGCGCCAGCGCGUUCGAAAGCGUGUUUCCCGAACUUCUAGCGCUACUGCCGGACAUCGCGAAGCAACAGGAACUGUUCAAGGUACAUAAGCGAGAAGUCGGCGGCAAGACGAAGGGAUUGGAGAUGUGCGCAACGUGCGGCCAGGUUCUCAGGAACGGAACGGACUUCCGAACACAUAUGUCUAGUCACACGCUAGAAAAUCACUUUCCGGCAUUGGGCAAAUGCAACACGCCACCACCGAAAAACACGUGGGUACGUAAAUGAGUAAAAUUGCGCUCACACAUCGACCGUCGUUGUUCCCAGGAACUUGAGUGAACCGAUUCGCCCGUGCUGAAAACAAAUUUUGUAAAUACAAACGCUCUUGUGUUAUUUGUAUCAUCACCGAGAUAAUACUUGUCUCAUAUUGUGUUACACACACAUCUAUAGUACGUAAAACUACCAGCAUGACUACGUAAUAUUUAUUCUAGAAAAAAAAAAAAAAAAAGAAAA